AUGAUCACUGUCGUUGAGGAGGCCACAUUAUAUGUGCUGGCCUCCAACCACCCGGCAGUGCCUGAAGGUGUGUCGUAUCCAAGAGAGCAGGGUUUUUGUGCUCAAGCCAUUCUCGACACUAAUCCUCUCGUGUCUCGCCAUGUCAUGGCCGAUGUUCGGUUUAGUGCAAUGACAAUUGUCCGCGCAAUGGGGAUUAAUUUUUACUGUGGCUUCCCACUAGUUGGACCUGAUGGCAAAACGGUCAUUGGCGUCAUGUGCUGUGUCGAUCAGCAAGCUCGUGACCUUACACAGUCGCAGUAUGACCUUAUGAAAAGUCUGGCUUGCACGGCUUCACGCGUGGUUCGGCGUGCUGCUGAGCAGCGGGCAGUUCGGGAAAGUAGUACCGACGAAUGA